AUGGCUUCAACAGCGAACGACCAGACAAAUAGACGUGAUGCCUCUGGGUGGUCGGCUUCGCACUACAACAAAACAGCAUCGUUUGUCUACUCAUUAGCGUUCACCACCCCUGUUCUCGAACUCUUGGCGGCUCAGCCAGGGGAACGAAUUCUGGACGUUGGGUGCGGCAGUGGAGAGGUAACAAAGAUCAUCCAGGAAGUCGUCGAACGAGGCGAUGGAGGUGUUGUAGUGGGCACUGAUCUCAGCGAAAGCAUGAUCACGAAAGCGAAGGAAAACGGCAUCAAGCAUGCGUUUAUUGCAGACGCACAAGAUUUGGAAUAUCCACGAGACGAGCCUGGGUUUCCAGAAAAGUUUGACGCGGUGUUCAGCAACGCGGCUUUGCAUUGGUGUAAGAGAGAUCCGCUUGGUGUCCUCACCGGUAUUCGCAAGGUUCUCAAACCCGGGGGUAGAGUUGCCGUCGAGAUGGGGGGUUUUAUGAACGCGAUAGGCGUGAGAUCCGCAUUGCAUGAUGUUGUACGAUCAAAGGGUCGGGAUCCUGAAGAGUUAGAUCCCUGGUAUUUCCCAUCCAUGGAAGACUAUGUCAAGCUCCUAGUCACAGCAGGCUUUGAACCGACCCACAUAUCUCUGACUCCGCGAAUCACCCCGCUGCCCACAGGGCUGUACGACUGGCUCGAUCUGUUCGCUCGCAACUCUUUUCUGCGAGACUUCACGGACGAGGAAGCACGCGAGAUCAUGAGGGAUGUCGAGGAUAGAUGCCGCGGGGACUGUCGGGAUGCCAGCGGCAAGUGGGCGAUGAUGUACACCCGACUUCGAUUCACUGCUGUCCUGAAGCCAGAUGAGAUGCUGAAUCAAUGA